AUGGCUUUGAGUAGGAAUAUUGAUUCCAUUAGACUUGACAGGAAAUCCUUUAUGGAUACUUGGUCCUUUAAAGAAGACAUCCAACCCAACGUUGAAUCAAUCCCCCAACCUCAGAAACGUUCUGAUGAUGUCAGAUCUCUCAUUUACCAAUUGGGAAAGAUUAUGGAGAAAGAGGUACAUGUAUGGUGGGACAUAGCAGCCCUAGACUUUUAUGUGAAUAGCAACAUAGUACCAAGAGGCCUUAGAUUAUUCAAAAGAUCAGCCUAUAAACACCACGAUUUAACCCUGCUAAAAAAAUGGGACCAACUAUUAGAUAAGGGUUCACUAUUACUCAAGGUGUUCCUCAUCAAUGAAAAGAAGAAAGAUUUAACACAACUAGAUCAAGAGAUAACAGCGCUAAAAGCCUCCAUCCGUCCCCUGGUGGAAAGUGGGGAAUAUGUGGACCUAUUAGAAAAGAUGGAGAAAAGAGUGAAAGACAUAGAAGAAAACAUCAGAGAAACUAAAAGAAAGAAAAUUAUGAGAGAUCAGGCCGACUACAGGACGCAGAAGCAGAGGAACUGGAAGAAGGAGACCAAACCUUACCAUUCCCCCACCAAAUAUAGAACAGAGCAUAGACCCGAAUAUCAAUCAUAUAGGGAUGCUCUGGUGUCUCCGAAAACUCCCACAAAGUAUCCUUCAUCCAACUGGACACGAAACAGACAAACAUACAACAGAAGGCAAGAUGACAUACCCAGUAGACAUCACCAAAGGAACAACUAUAGGAACACAGAAUACUCACAUCAGGGAAGCCAUUACCAUGAUCAGGCACAACCAGCAUUCCAACAACCAUUCAGGAACAGAAGACCACCUGACUAUCAGAACAACCAAUCUCCAGUCCUCAGAGUUCCUUCUUCAAAUCACAGAAGGACCGAUCCUACACACCAUCAGACACUUCACCCACAUAUUCCCAAUAUUAGUACCGAAAACGAUUUUUUAGAGAAACGGGGGAGGAUCCCCCCCAGAAAAUUCUCGGUGGAAGACUUCAGAUUCCCAGAUGUGAGAAAGAAAAGGACAAUAAGAGAUCUAGAAGAAGAAACAGACCAACACGAAGACCAUAUUCAGCAGAAAAGAAAGAAGUGA